AGGCAUAAAGUCGCAUUAUGCGAGUUCCCAUGACCAAGGGCCCAUUGCCCGUGAGCAAGCCCACUCUAGAAAAAGAAGAAGAAAGGUGAUUUCGCGAGGAAAGGUUAUGUUUCACAUUUAAGAGAAAUGAACAGCAAAAUAAAGACUAGGAAGGAAAAAAGGCUAAGAAAACUUAUUAACAAGUCAGAUUCUGAUGAAAACGAAAGUGAACACGAAUUAUCGUUUUACGUUAAAGAUAGAGUUAAACUCAUGAAGCAGGUGCUAAGCAUAAUAAAGCCAAAGAAAAUAAAAAGUAUGGCUCCUGAUUGUAUUAAAGAUAUGGAAAUUGGAGAAAUCAAUUCCAUGCUCCUGGAAGAGUUGCUAGGGAUAUCAAACAAAAGGCUCAAGUAUAUAUUUGAGGGGAAAAAUUUAGAGGAGGAUAGCAGUAGUACUGAAGAUGAUAAAUCACCAGAUGUUAUAUCUUUGGAUGAUAUUAGCGAUGAUGAUUUUGUUAUUGAAAUAAACUCUGAUGAGGAACCAAAGACAAAGAAAAGUCAAAAACAUACAUUUAAAAGGGAACCUAGAUCAAAAAAAAUAAAGAAGGAAAGGUCAGAAAAAGUUGUGUCAAAGCCUAAGCAAAAUGAACCAAUUGGGGAAGAGAAUUUAAUGAGUGUGUUGGAGUUGCUUGAACUACAAGCCAGAGCUCGAGCUAUUCGAUCACAGCUGGCAUUGGAAGCAAAUAGAAAAGAACAGGAUGAAGAAAAGAAAACACAAACGGAUUUUGAAAAAAAUGAUGAUGAAGAAGAUGCAGUUAUUGUAGAAGUACCUAAGGAGGAAAUUGUUAUUACAUCUAGUGAAUCUGAAAAUGAAGAUAGGAUAGAAAAACCAGAUGAAGACCUACAAAACAAAGUUGAGGGCAACUCUAACACUAUAGGUGACAAAAAUGAACAAAAUGAACCAAAUUUUGGAGAUAUACCAAUUCCUUCAACUGCAAAUGAGGCUGAAGACAAAAAUGUUGUUGAUGGUGCCUCAAGUAAAAGCGACAAAAGUGAAAAACAUAUUACAUCAUUGGAAGGUAGUGAAAACUCUGGCAAGAUUAAAAGUACUAGAGGCAAUGUGCAAAACCAAGAUGAUCAUAAACUGAACACAGAAAAUUCAAAAGAAAUUAAGUUGCGUCGCUUUAAGAGUAAACUAGAAAGUUUUAAGAAAGAUAUCCUUGAUGAAGAUAAAUCUGUGAAAAUUAUAGACAGCAUUGUGAUUAAGCCACUGGAUUCAUCUGGCCAAAAGUCUAGAGACGACAAUGAUGGUCUUGUCAUUAAUGUGGAUCAAGAUGAUAUUGACUGUAUUAUUAGUGAUUAAAA